AUGUUCACUGCAGCAGCUUUCGCGUCGGCCGCCGUUCUUUUGGCGGCCUCGAUUCCGAACACGGAUGCUCACGGCUACAUGCUGAUCCCAGAGUCGCAAUUCCAGGGAUCCGCCAAUUCCGCUUGGAUCGUGCAGAUCGACCCCGUUUGGGCCAGUGACAGUUGGGAUGGUAACAACGCAGGAAGCGUGGAAACGUUCAAGUCUCUCAAGUCGGCCAACAACUUUAAAGACUUGAAGACUCUCAUGGACGACACGUCCGUCUACGGCGCCGACUGCGGUUUCACUGACCCGAACGGCCACUUUCUCGCGAGCUCUUGUGCACGUUGGUCCGUGUGA